AUGGCUCCUCGUGCCGAUAGGCGGUCCAGGGUCCUCUCUGAGGCCGAGAUCCAAGAGCUGGAUCUCACGACCCUUCGACCAGAUGGGUGGACAUGGAACGUCAAGAUCCUGUCGGAGGGGUACCCGAUUGGCCGCACGUUCACGGUGGCGCGUGACCGCGUAGAACAGCUCGCAGACGAGCUCGGCGCGAUCUCCACAGACGACGCAGAUGGCCUUCAGGCUGCAGAUUUGCCGGACUCGGCUGCCUUGCCACAUGCUGAACCUGGGCAAGCUGAGGAGAUGGAGACCGUCUUGGUCGAGACCGAGCCCACCACAAGGUCUGAGGAAGCAGCCCCGGUCCCGACCCUGGACAGAGAGAUUGAGGCCGACCCCGAAAGCACCGGCGGGCUCCACCUCGGCAUCCGCGCAGGCAACUUCUGGCUUGGCUCAGGUUCCGGCCUCCAUGGACUCCCCGGCUACGCACAGAGCUCCCGAGAGCCCUGCUACGAGUCCUACCAGUUCGCACCGGAUGCAGCAGCGGCCGAAGGCCGACAGGUUCGACCAGAACGAGGCUCCGUCAAGCAGCGGGCAGCAAAGGGCCAAGCAGUGGGUGAAUCCGCGACGGCCGCCGGCUGGAAGAUCGCGGUCGCCUCCCUCCAGGCCAAAAG